UAAUGCAGACUUCUAAAUGUUUGCAUAUCUGAAUUCUUUAAAGCAUCAAAUUACAUCUUUAUUUUGUAGUUGAAGCAACCAAGAAGUCACUUUUCCCCAAACAAAACAAGAUUGUGAAUGCAAAUAAGAAAACAAAAUGGUAGAGGGAGGAAUAAGCAAAGCAGAUAAAACAGAGUUCACAAAUUGCUGGAGUGCAGUAUGGGAAACUCCAUUUAUUAUGAGGCUGGCCUUAUCAGCUGGCAUUGGAGGAUUUCUUUUUGGUUUUGACACCGGUGUCAUUUCUGGGGCGCUUUUAUACAUAAAGGAAGAUUUUAAAGAAGUCGAUGAGAAAACGUGGCUUCAAGAAACUAUUAUUAGUAUGGCUGUUGCUGGUGCAAUUUUUGGUGCUGCCUUUGGUGGUUGGCUUAAUGACAAGUUUGGAAGGAAAUUUUCCAUUCUCAUAGCCGAUGUUCUCUUCUUUAUUGGUUCAGUCGUUAUGGCAUUUGCUCCGGUUCCUUGGGUGAUUAUCCUUGGAAGGAUAUUCGUCGGUUUAGGAGUUGGUUCAGUCGUGAUUUCACAAGUUUCUCAUUACUGUAGGACAAUUGCUUGCGUAUCUAAUCAAUCUGGCCUUCACUAAUGUAAUUACUCCACCUCCGAUGAGAGUUGUGGAGCUUCAUGCUCACCAAGUGUUUGAUAAAAAGUUUCGGUAUAUUUCAGUGUACUGUUUCAGUAUAUUUCGUUGUAUUUCAAUGUAUUUCUAAUUUAUGAAACAGUUUCUGAUAUAUUUCAUUGUAUUCCAUUGCAUAUACACAUACUACAAUUUUAUAUUUCUUAAACAAU